AUGCCGCCCUCGUCGAGACACGCCGCGCAUCCUUCGCACCAUCCGCGAGACAUGCAUCUCUCGGGUCCAGCGGGUGGUCCACCGCCUCACGGUGGGCCCGGUGGGCCCGGUGGUGCCGGAAUGCCUCCGUCGGGCGGCCCGGGAAGCCAAUCUCUGCAUCAUCCGCACUCGUCUUACGCCCAGUCCAUGCCGCCGCCGCCAGGACUGCCUCCACACGCCAUGAACGGCGUCAACGGCCCUCCCUCCGGCCACGGCGGCCCUCCUCCUCGCAUGAUCAUGGCCGACGGUCCGCCCGGUGGUGCUGGCGGCCCUCCGCCCCCGCCGCCGCCCCAUAUCCCCAGAUCCUCGUCAGCGCAGAGCCGCAUCAUGGACGCUGGCGCCGGUGCUUCCGGCGCCGCUCCUCCCGCUCCCGGCGCCUCGUCGUCUCCCGCCGUGCAGAAACUCUCGCUCGCCAACGAGGCCGCCUGGGUUUCGGUCGGUGCCGCUGCCGAGACCAUGGAGGACUACGACCGCGCGCUCUCGGCAUACGAGACCGCGCUCCGCCACAAUCCAUACUCGGUGCCCGCCCUCAGCGCCAUCGCGGGCGUACACCGUACGCUCGACAACUUUGAAAAGGCCGUCGACUACUUCCAGCGCGUGCUCAACAUUGUGCCUGAGAACGGCGACACCUGGGGCUCCAUGGGCCACUGCUACCUCAUGAUGGACGACCUUCAGCGCGCCUACACCGCCUACCAGCAAGCCCUCUACCACCUCCCCAACCCCAAGGAGCCCAAGCUCUGGUACGGCAUCGGCAUCCUCUACGAUCGCUACGGCAGUCUCGAGCACGCAGAAGAGGCAUUCGCCAGCGUCGUUCGCAUGGAUCCCAACUACGAAAAGGCAAACGAGAUCUACUUCCGCCUCGGCAUCAUCUACAAGCAGCAGAACAAGUUCCCCGCCAGCCUCGAAUGCUUCCGCUACAUUCUCGACAAUCCGCCGCGUCCGCUCACCGAGAUCGACAUCUGGUUCCAGAUCGGACACGUCUACGAGCAGCAGAAGGAGUUCAACGCCGCCAAGGACGCCUACGAGCGCGUCCUCGCCGAGAAUCCCAACCACGCAAAGGUGCUCCAGCAGCUCGGCUGGCUCUACCAUCUCUCCAACGCCGGCUUCAACAACCAGGAGCGCGCCAUCCAGUUCCUCACCAAGUCGCUCGAGUCGGAUCCCAACGACGCACAGAGCUGGUACCUCCUCGGCCGCGCCUACAUGGCCGAGCAGAACUACAACAAGGCCUACGAAGCGUACCAGCAGGCCGUCUACCGCGAUGGCAAGAACCCAACCUUUUGGUGCUCCAUCGGCGUCCUCUACUACAAGAUCAACCAGUACCGCGACGCCCUAGACGCCUACUCGCGUGCCAUCCGCCUCAACCCCUACAUCUCGGAGGUGUGGUUCGACCUCGGCAGCCUGUACGAGGCUUGCAACAACCAGAUCAGCGACGCCAUCCACGCCUACGAGCGCGCCGCCGACCUCGAUCCCGACAACCCGCAGAUCCAGCAGCGUCUUCAGCUCCUGCGCAACGCAGAAGCCAAGGGCGGCGAGCUUCCAGAGGCUCCCGUUCCUCAGGACGUCCAUCCCACCGCCUACGCCAACAACGGCGGCAUGGCUCCCGGUCCCCCUACUCAAAUCAGUGGCGGCCCUGGCCCUUCGUAUCCACCAUCGCUCGGUGGACCUCAGCUGGCCGGAAACGCAGGCGGUCGUGGCGAUGCUGGUGAGCGCGAACUGCCCGGUCCAGGACAUCUGCCGCAGUCGCACUCGCCUCCACCGUUCCGCGGUCCCGACGACCGUGCAGGUAAGAAGGGCAAGCUCACGGGUUCGCGCGCCAGCUCUCCGUGGUCCGCUAAGGGCGGUGCAGCUGGCAAGAACAGCAAGGCGGGCAGCGUCGCAGGCGCCAAAAAGGGCGUGUCGACGCCGCUGCGCUCGCGCGACGAUCAGUCUGGCUCCAGGCCUGGCUCGCCCGCGGAGGGUGCACGCGCGCAACGCGAAGCAUCGCCUGCCAGCUCCGACGGCAGCAACGAGCCCUUGGCGGCACGCGGACCUGCGUCUCGCGUCGUGGACGAGGACUACGACGAGGGCGCUGCGGACGCGCUCAUGGGUCUCGCUGGUGCUGCUUCGGUGUCUGCCUCGGCUGCUGCGCCAGCCGCCGCCAGCGCUGCGAACCGCGACAACAGCCCGGAGAAGCGACCCGAGAGCUCGUUGGGCAAGCGGCCCUACGCUGACGACGACAAGGGCAGCGCUAGUGGGCCGGAUGAUGCGUCGUACAAGCGUGCCAAGAGCGGCAGCGGCAGCGGCGCUGCACUUGGCGAGGGCAACAGUGGCGCGGCGGCGUCGAAUGGAUCCGCCAAGCCAGAGGAAGCGUCGGCGCGAGAUGAGCGCCAGGGUGCCAACGCCGAUGCUCGCAAGGAGGUCGGCGGCGAGGCGGUCACUCCGCCACCCAAGGCAGCCACGCCACCACAAGCCAACAGUAGCUCGGAAGCGCAGGCGAUGGACGUGGACGUGCCGGAGCCCAUCAAGGCUGCAGAAACCGCGCUGGCCAAGGAUGCGGCUACCAAGCCAGCGGCAGAGAGUGCAACGGUCGACACGCCGGUCGAUGCCGGUGCGGGUGGAGAGUCGGACAAGGCUGCCGAGAAGAGCACGAGCAACAGCAGCAGCGUUAGCGUCGGUGACGCCAAGAAGCCGGCCGAGGCGGCGGCGGCUGCGGCUGCGGUUGCGGGGGCUGACGACGACGACGAUCGCGAGGACGAGGAGGGCCAGAUCCACGAGGAGCCUGCCGAAGCCAAGCGCGCCGAGUAG